UUGGCACCCAGAUGGUUCCUCCACAUGAGAUUGUCUCAGGCUAUGGGCCGACUGGAGAACACCUGGUAACCAGGCCAGCCCUCUGUCAGUCACUCACGGCUGGGCAGCAUGGUUCGGAUUCAGAGGAGGAAGUUUUUGGCAUCUUGCCUGUGCAUCACAGCUACCAUCUUUUUGCUUGUCACGCUCCAGGUAGUGAUUGAGCUGGGAAAAUUUGAAAGGAAGAAGCUUAAAAAUUCUAAUUUGCAAGAUGGACAUGCAAAAAUUGAGGAAGAGCCUACACAUCUCUAUCCAUUCCCUAAGAAAGAAGCACUGACCUUGAAUAGGAGAAAAAAUUUGGAAACUGAUAGCUACCCCAUUAUGCUCUGGUGGUCCCCACUGACUGGAGAAACUGGAAGGCUGGGCCAGUGUGGAGUAGAUACCUGUUUCUUCACCAUCAAUCGGACCUACCUACAUCAUCACAUGACCAAAGCUUUCCUCUUCUAUGGUACUGACUUUAACAUAGAUAGCUUACCUCUGCCUCGGAAAGCCCAUCAUGACUGGGCCCUUUUUCAUGAAGAAUCUCCAAAAAACAAUUAUAAGCUCUUUCACAAGCCAGUCAUCACCUUGUUCAACUACACUGCCACAUUCAGCCGGCAUUCCCACCUGCCACUAACUACCCAGUACUUAGAGGGCGUAGAAGUCCUCAAGUCACACCGAUACCUGGUCCCUUUGCAGUCCAAAAACAACCUUCGAACAAGACUCGCUCCGCUGGUGUAUGUACAGUCGGACUGCGACCCACCAUCGGAUCGGGACAGCUAUGUUCGAGAGCUGAUGACCUACAUAGAGGUUGAUUCCUACGGCGAGUGUUUACGAAACAAAGACCUCCCUCAGCAGCUGAGAAACCCGGCCUCCAUGGAUGCCGAUGGCUUUUAUAGCAUCAUUGCACAGUAUAAGUUUAUCCUUGCUUUUGAGAAUGCGGUUUGUGACGACUACAUCACUGAGAAGUUCUGGAGACCUCUAAAACUGGGGGUAGUCCCUGUAUACUAUGGUUCCCCUAGCAUCACAGACUGGCUUCCAAGUAACAGAAGUGCCAUUAUCGUAUCAGAAUUUUCCCACCCUAGAGAACUGGCAAGUUACAUCAGACAACUGGACUAUGAUGACAGACUGUACGAGGCCUACAUAAAGUGGAAGCUGAAGGGUGAGAUCUCUAACCAGCGACUUCUCACAGCCCUCAGGGAACGGAAAUGGGGAGUGCAAGACAUUAACCAAGACAACUACAUCGAUGCAUUUGAGUGUAUGGUGUGCAACAAGGUGUGGGAUAAUAUUAGGCUUCAGGAACAGGGCUUAACACCCAAAAGAUGGAAGGCAGAAGUUACCCACCUGAGUUGCCCGGAGCCUACUGUGUUUGCUUUCUCACCUCUGGCUCAACAUUGGAGCUCUUUGCGAGAGAUGUGGAUACCCAGUUUCGAACAAUCCAAGAAAGAAGCCCAGGCACUAAGGUGGCUGGUGGAUAGGAAUCAAAACUUUUCAGCUCAAGAGUUUUGGGCCUUAGUAUUCAAGGACUAACUUAUGAAAGUAUCAGGAUGAUAAAGACUAGAGACUUUUGGAGGUUUAUUUUCUAGGUUGCCUUAAUAUUUGAAUAUAAUAGCUACUCUUUAGGAUAAGAAUUGCUGCAGUACUCAUAAUGAGCCCUAUGAAAUAACAGAUAUGAAUUACCCUUAGGGGUCACCUCUAUUUUUUUAAUACUAAAAAGUAAAUGUAGUCGUUCCCCCUUAUCUGUGGUUUCACUUUCCAUGGUCUAAGUUACCUGAGGUCAACCGCGGUCCGAAAAUAUUAAACAAAAAAUCCAGAAAUAAACAAUUCGUAAGUUUUAAAUUGCACGCUGUUCUGAGUAGCAUGAUGAAAUCUCGCGAGUCCAGCUCCGUCCCGCCCAGGACGUAAAUCAUCCCUUCUUCCAGCGUCUCCACGCUGUAGACGCUCGCUGUCUUCCCACAAGUUAGUUGCAUAGCAGCCAUCUCAGUUGUCAGUUCGACUACCUCGGUUUCGCGGUUUCGAACACAGUUUUGUGUUCAAGUCACCCUUAUUUUAUUUACUAAUGGCCCCAAAGCACAAGAGUGGUGAUUCUGGCAAUUCACAUUUGCCAAAGAGAAUCCAUAAAGUGCUUCCUUUAAGUGAAAAGGUGAAAGUUCUCGACAUGAGACAUUUCAUCAUAUCACAUCUCAACAAGGUGAGUACAAUACAAUAAGCUACUUUGAGAGAGAGACUACAUUCACGUAACUUUUAUUGCAGUGUAUUGUUAUAAUUGUCCUAUUUUCUUAUCAGUUAUUGUUAAUCUCUUACGGUGCCUAAGUUAUAAAUUAAACUUUAGCAUAGGUGUGUAUGUACAGGAAAAAGCAUAUAUAAAGGUUUCAGUACUAUCUUGUGAUUUCGAGCAUCCACUGGUGGUUUUGGAAUGUACCACGAUAGACUAUUGUAUUUCUCAUGGACACUGGUCACCUUCAGUUUACAAGACUGGACCCAUGUACCUGCUGGACCCUGUACUCACCUAAUAUAGAGUUCUUUCCCCACUGUAAGGGAGGCAGAGGGUAUAGCUGUGGAUUCUUUUUGCUCACCUCACUAUUUGCAGUUUAUUGGUGUUUGGCAAACCCAGUGUCCUGAUGCUGAGCAGGAACAUGAAAUGUGUUAGCGCUUGAAAAUGAGAGAUUCCAUCUGUUGGUUUCCAGGGAUGUAAGUGAGUAAAAAAAGCGGUGUGAAGUUUAUUCGCUAUCUAUUAAGUCAAAAGAACAUAGGCCCAACUCUACCUUCUCCAUACUCUUAGCCACUUCUUUAACCUUUCUUAUUUUCAUUUAGCCCUGCAUACUGCCUCAUUCCCCCUCCUACCCCCAAAAUGGAAUUCUUGUGAAGAUGUGCCUCCUCCUUGUGUGUUUUGAUCAGUGAGAUGUUCCCAAUUGUCCCUUGUACUGCUGAGCAGAAUAAUGAUCGUAUGAUUUGGGCUGGACAGCCUGUAUAUUUUGAUCAAUGUAAGAGUGGAGUUCCCAAGGAACUCCAAUUUUAUUGAAGCUGAUUUGUCUUUUCUUAGAAUGAUGCACAACCUGCAGUGGUGGGCAGCCCCACAGGUUUGCGAGCACUCCCUGUAUUGUUUGAUCCUGUCACAGACAAGGUUUAGUUGUUUCGUCUGGAACAUCUGCUGGAUCUCUAUGAAAGACAAGGAGAAAACACUGGCUCACAUUUUCUUUCCAUUCAAGGGAAGGAAGGCUUCUAGAUGUUACUAAAGCCUGGUGCCACUGGAUGUGUCAUGGCUUUGGUGUUCUUUAUCGUGGAAAGAUGUAAGCUCUAGAGGACAGGAAGAGUCCCUGAUACUCAUGUUCCUGACGUGGUGUAAGGGGGAAACUUAGGUGAGCUCCUGCAGUUCCAGUUCCCUUUUUUUCAUGGGCCAGUGACAUGGGGUAUAGUACAGACUUGACCUUGAAAUGCCCAAUGUAAUAUUAUACAUUGAAAAAAAUCAUUAAUAGCACAUAAUUCCUGCUAAAGAUAACAGUUUAUUAGGGGAAUCCAGUGUAGAGUUAAUUUUCAAUGAAUGAUGUUGAUUAUCCAGAGCAAGAUGAAUACAACUCUGCAUAAGUGACAUAUAUUUUUCUUGGAAUCUUCAAAAGUAUACGAUAGAGAAGUUCACAGGCCAAGAAAAAUGGUAGUUAGUAUAUGUUUCAAGUACUUUUGCAAUCCUGAAUAUUUUAUAAAAAAUUUCUUCACCCCUCUUUAGGAAGUUUCUUUCCUUUGUUUUCAUUUUCAUUGUUGUCAUUAGCGCUAAUAUCUUUAUUUCAUAAUUUUAAUACCAAUAUAUAUCUUUAUUUUCUUCUGAUAACAGAAAUAAAUGCUUGAAAACUCAGAGGGAAUAUAGAAUAAUGAGCUAUGACUCUAUAGUAAGAAAGCCCCGGUUUGAGUUCCCACUCUCCAAUAUACCAUCUUUACAAUUUUGAUCAAGGUUUUGGCCUUUCUAAGCUUCAGUUUGCUAAUCUGUCAAAUGGAUAUUAUAAUAUCCAAACUCCCCGUGAGGCUAUUGUGAUGAUUAAGUAAGCUAAUGUUCAUAUUUGUACUUAAAUCAGUAAAUGCUAGCUGUAGUUGUUCCAGCUAUAUGUGGCCAUAACCCUUUUGUUUGUGAAGACGUGGUUUGAGAUUUGUUCAGAAAAAAGGAUUUACUAAUGAUAGUACCAGGGAUGGUACCCUUUUGUUCUUCAUUUAGUUAUUUCAUCCAUAUUUAUUGUUAUUAGGUAGGCAUUGUGCUAGGCAUUAUAGCAGAUAUAAAUAAGACAUGAGAGAGAGUUGUGACAGAUUCUGGGUAAGACAUUGUGAUAUUAUUAUGAUGGAAUUAAAACCAGGAACUGAGGAAUGCUUAAAUUUUGCUCUCUCCAUGAAAUUUCUGAUGGAGUUGUAUACAAAGCUCCCAACAGCAUAGUGAGAAACAACCUCUUUAUAGAAGCUGUGCAAACCCUAAUAAACUCAAGGCAAUGACCUCUGGUAAAAGCUGGAUUUGAACAUAUAACUUAGAUUUGAAGCCUAAGUAGGAUCUUUUACUGCUUUUUCAUUUCCCAAUUCUGAAUCUUGGGACCAUCCUGUUCAGGGUGCCUAUAUCAAGAGAGAAGAGAAAAAGAUGACCAGGUCUGUAGGUCCUGAUCCUGCUUACUCAUUAACCAAAGAUCCAAAAAGGAAGAAAAGGGGAGGAACCUAAUCAGGUCUUCUUUCAGCCUUGUUAGCUCUUCAUAUGUUAUGGAUGCAAGAAUAUGGGAUACAAUGCAUGGGAGCUCACUUUUAAGUCAUAGUAAUCUCUCUGACUAAUAAAAUGUGGCCCCAUCAAUAUCCUGGACUCAAUCCAUUAAAUUAGUGACUCCAUUGGUGCUGGGGGUGGGGAUUAUUAAGGACAUGGGCAAGAGGCAGAGGUGUGGGCAGGGCAGAAGUGCCUCUCCAUGAUUUUUGUCUUCCCAACUGAUUGGGCUUGACAGCCAAACCUGUGGUAAGGCAUGGCUGUAUACCUAAGAAGGUAAGACCAGUCAUGACUGACAGACUUCUUUUCACCAUCCUGGGGUUUCUUCCCUCAUAUCUAAUCUUGUAUCCCCCUGGAACCAGAGACAUGAGCAGUGUAGCUAUUGUCUCUGAAGCUUCUGAAAUGAGUCAGAACUGGACAUUGAUUAAUGCCUCCAAGGGCAUUUUGAGCAAUAGGUCAAAACUUUAUUCCCUGUUUUAUUUCCUAUUCAAACCAUGACCACAUCAUCCAACAUCGCUCACCAGAGGAGGAUAUAUACCCAGCCCAAAUAAGCCAAUAUAAAUAUUAGGAAUUUUACUAUCAUGAAUGCUUUAAUUAAAAAAAAAAAAAAACUGACUGAGGAGGUAAUUAAAGAAAUUUACAAAUUGUCAGUAGAGACAAGAGGUGAUAUUAAUGGUUUUGAGGCAGGGGCAUUCAUUAUCCCAGGAGCCUUUGGAAUGAGCCCAAGUUGUUUCUUAUAUAUACAGAGUAAACAUGACUAUGAAAACUCACCUGAUGAGUCACACUCACAGAAAAAUAAAGCCAGUUUUACUUAAGAAUGUCCUUAAUGAAGCAAUAAAAAUGACUAAUUUUAUUAAACCUUGGCCUUUGAGUACAUGUCAACCUUUUUAAUGUUCUGUGUGACAAAAUGGGGAGUAUACAUAAAGCACUUCUGUUGCAAACCAAAGCACAUGGGAAUCUGAAGGGAAAGCGCGUGCGAUUGUUUAAGUUGUGAGCUGAAAAGCUGUUUUUCCAUGAAAUGCCAUUUUUACUCUAAAGAACACCUGGUAAACUGGUGGUUCAUUUAGUUUUUUUGUCAGUCAUUUUCAUGACAACAAAGUGAGCCUGCCACUUUAAGAGAACUGAUAGAAUUUGUUGCCAAUGGUAAAAUUUCAGCUUUUAAGUGAAAAUUAAAAUUUUGAAUAACGAAUUUCUACCUCGUUGAGCUUGACAGCUUCCUGAUACUUAGAGACUUUUUUGAUGAUAUUGGUGGUGAAAUGGUGCUUUUGACAUUGAAUGAAAACAGAGACGAUGACAUGUAAGGAUGUUUUUAGUUUGUUUUUACAAUUUUAAGGAAGGAAAAGAUAGUAUUAUCUACUGGAGAGGCACAAUUAUUUUAAAUAUAUAUAUUUUAGUCAAAGAGUUUCAUAAGUAAAAAUGUGACUUCCAAUGGAAGAUUUAAAAAAUUGGUUACUUGAAAAUUGGGAUAAGAUAAAAGUAAUCAGAGCUUUUGAUAGGAAAAACAAGCCUUUUGGUUUUUUUAAAUUGGGAAAUAAAAAGUAUUAAGGAGCAAGAAAAAUAUUUUUAAAAUAUAUCAGAGAAUUUCUCAUUAUUUGGGUUACUUAGAAUAUCAGUUUGUCUGGAAUUUAUUUGUCAGUAAGUUUUAAUUGAGCACUUACUAUGUGCCAGGAAUUAUUUUGGGCCACAGGAAUACAGCAGUGAAUGGAAUCAACAAAACCUCUGAUACCACAGAACUUACAUUCUAAUUCUAGUAGGAGAACAAAAAUGGAAAUGCUUUAGGAAAAAUAUAAACCUUUUCCAGGAAGUUUUUAUUUCUCUGUUUUGUAAGAGCUCCAUGAGCUAGAAUUUACCUCCUGAAUCCCUACCAUUAUGUUAUUAGAAACAUGAAAUGCGAUAUAAAUGGGUUAUAUUGAUAGAGUGUAUUAAACAUGCUAUAUUGAAAUGUUGUAUUAAAAAUACUAAGAGUUCAAAAUUGAA